AUGGCGUCGGUCGCUAACGCCUUCUCGCUGUUGACGGACGAUGCGGUGGAUGUCGAUAUCUCGGCCGAGGCGGCCGCCGCGCCUGUGAAGAAGGUGGAGGCCCCCAAACCUGCGGCUGACGAGCCUAAGGCAUCUCGCCCCGCCUCUGCUGGCGCGCGCGGCGGCCGCGGCGAGGCUGUGGCUGGCCGGGGCGCCGGCCGGGGUGGCCGGGGUGCGGGCCGGGGCCCCCGCCCCGCAUCCCGCGGCGAGGACGCCCCCGCUUUCGACGCCGACACCGCACCAACCGUGCGCGGGCGCGGCGAGCGCGGCCCUCCCGGCGGCCGUGGCGGUGGCCGCGGCGGCCGUGGGCCCCGCGCCGGCAAGCGCGAGUACGACCGCCAGGACGGCACUGGCCGCGGCCAUGAGACCGAGAAGCGCCAUGGCGGCGGCGCCCACAACUGGGGCGAGGAGGGCAAGGACGGCGAGACCGAGGGCGCCGCCAAGGAGGCCACCACCGAGGAGGGUGCCGAGCCCGCGGCUGAGCCCGUGGAGGAGGUGCCUCGCGCCGAGCCCGAGGAGGAUGAGGAGGAGAAGCAAAUGACCCUGGAGGAGUACGAGGUGGUGCUGGCGGAGAAGCGCGCGGGGCUCAACCAGCAGCGCGAGGCCGCCUUCAAGGCCGACGAGAAGCAGUUCUCCGGCAUGAAGACCUUUGAAAAGGUGGUUGAGGAUGUCGGCCUGUCCCUCAAGAACGUCAAGGUCAUUGGCGCCAACAAGGCGGGCCGCGAGAAGGAGCGCAAGGAGAAGGAGGUGCUGGAUGUGGCCUUCCGCAUCGCGUCUGACACCGACACCCGCGGCGGGCGUGGCGAGGGCCGCGGCCGCGGCGGCCGCGGCGAGGGCCGGGGCGAGUACCGCGGCGAGCGGCGCGAGGGCCGCGGCGGCGGCCGCGGCUUCUCGGGCCGCGGCGGGCGCGGCGAGGGGCGCGGCGAGGGCCGCGGCGCCGGCGCCGCCGCCCCGCUGGACCUCGAGAGUGCCUUCCCGGCCCUGGGCCAGGCCUGA